AUGACAACAUCACUUGUGGCUGCUUUGCUCUUGCAUUUGAACGCUAUAACUGUUUCGGUCGAAGAUGAUGGGCAACUCACAACCCGUUCUCUUGGCCUUGUCCACAAUGUGGCUCAGCUUGCUCACUGUGCUGCACAAGGCAAAGUUGGCUCUGGUUUCGACGUAUCUGCAUCUGUCUGGGGCCAUCAAUUGUAUCGCCGAUUUGAUCCUGCAUUGAUCAAAGAUCUAAUGUACCCUGAGGUUGGCUCGCGUAUCAUAACGUCACAGGAGAAUAUUUCUCACGAAAAGCGUCCAUUACUCGCUUUACUGCCUAUCUUGGACCCUCGUAAUCCGCUUUGGGUACCAGCGCCACCGCCCUCUGCUACAACUACAGCUAUUGAAGGUCUUGCUAUGUUGCGUACAGGAACAGAAGAAGCACGAAAAGCGCGACCCGCACCGCUUCCAUUGCCACCAGGUGUACGAAUGUGUCUUGCAGAUGUUGAUACCGGCUCGAAUACCCGUACAAUGGUGGGAAGAGUGAGUGAUUGGCGCCGUCAAAAUCCAAUUUGGGCGGAUCAACUGUAUAAGAUUAUUGCCACGUCGAAUCAGUCACUCGCUGAUGGUCUGCUUCAACUGCAUAUGGCUUAUGUGAAUGAUUCUUCCAAUUAUACACAGGUGCUUGAAGGAUUGUCGCAUUUACCGUCGAAAGAGUGGGACUUGCAUCUGAAAUCUGAUCUGUCUCCCGUUUACGAGAUCUUUGUGUCUGUUCGGAACGCUAUGCGAUCUAUUCGUGCAGGCAUGAGGGAGCUGGGUCUUCGCUCAGGUGCGCCUGUUGAGCCGCCUGAGAUGUCGCAAUUGUUAGAUACCACCAUAAAUGGUGCCCCAGGCAUUCUGGGUGGCGGCAUCCCAGGUGCUGGAGGUUACGACGCCAUGUUUUUAUUGUUCUUGGAUCCAGCGAGCUUAACUGCGUCUGCUCCGUCACAACCCAUGCAUCCACCCAAAGACGUGUGUGACUUAUGGCUGACUUACCGUGAUUUGAGCGUUGGUCCUCUUCUGUGUGGUUCGGAUGACAUUACUUCGUCAUAUGUCGCGAGUCUGAAGGACCGUCAAGAGGACGUUCUUUCAUACAUUUCAAGGGUGUGGGCCCAUGCCCCUGUCGGGCUGCAUGUUGUGUCUUCGUCCGAGGUCCCAGGUCUCGAGCGCGUGCUCAGAUCAAAUUCGUAG